AAACUCAAAAUUACAUUGUUUUGAACAAUGUGGUUUAUGGAAUAACGAUGAAGGCCAAAAUCUCCAACCUUACAGAUACUAUUGACAUGUUCUUUGCACAAAGCGAUCAGGGCAGUAAUGCGUCCUGCGUUUCUUGGGAUGGUAAAGGAGAGCUUAAUUGGACAACAUCCGGAUGUAAGACAGAAACGAUUGAAGAAUCAAACACCAUAAAGUGCUCCUGCUCACAUCUGACGUUCUUUGCAGUGCUGAUGAUCCCUCCGUCUCAGGCAGAAGAAAAUAUCACACAGCAGGAUCUGGAAUCAUUGACUUAUAUCACUUCUAUCGGCUGCGGCAUCUCCAUGUUUUUUCUAUCCAUCGCUUUAUUCAUGCAUUUCCUGCUGCGAAUAAGGCAAGAGAGCGUAGCUAACACAGGAGACAACGCUGCGUGUGUCUUCAUAGCGCUGCUCCUGCAUUACUCCAUGCUGGCCUCAUUCACCUGGUUCUUCAUUCAAGCUCUUCAUAUGUACUUAUGGGUCAUCAGACAGAACGUCUCCAUCACAAACUACGUGAGGAAGAUCACCGUGUUGGGCUGGGCAUUUCCGACUCCAAUAGUAAUAACCAUUGCUUCUGUAGGAGAAUAUAAAACACUGAUCCUAAAUAGUUCACGAAUGUGCUGGAUUACUAAUCAUUACAUUCACUACAUAGUGAACAUCGGCUACUACGCUGUAGUUUUCGUCUUCACGACAGGAAUCUUCAUCAUGAUCGUCACUAAGGUCCUUCAGGCCAGAAACAUCAAAGCGACUGAAGACAAGAGAAAGACGUUCAGAAAGCAGCUGAUGAUGGUGUUGAGUUUGUUCCUGCUCUUCGGUCUGACGUGGUCUGUGGCGUUCUUCAGUUAUGGACCGAUGCGCAUUCCCUCAUAUUACAUAUUCACUGUGCUGAACUCGUCUCAGGGGUUCUUUCUCUUCCUGUAUUACUAUCACAUUCACAAUGACGUUGCUGGUGAUUUCUCUGAUGAUCCAAAAAGCUCCGGCUCCACCACAACCAUGGUUCAACCCAACAUGAAUGGUCUGGAAAAUGUCUAUAAUUAGCCUAAUUAAGACAGAAAACCACACUGUCUCUUAGUUUCUAAGACAGCUGGCAAGUUAACAGCAGAUUACCAGAAUACUAGUACAGUCAUGUGUACUAUAAUAUGCUUGAUAGUUUAAUAUGCAUGUUUAAUAAUAUUCUGUAUGGUGAUGGGAAUAGAACUAAUAAUGGGAUCAUAAGCGGGAUCAUGAACUUUUAAGAUAUUUUAAACAAGGUUAAUUAAACUUUGUAACUGGAUGCUUCACAAGUGUCUGUAGGUAUGGGGAAACUGUAAUUGUAGUUAUGAAAUAUAUAUUGUUUGACUGACUUGUGAAUGUUUAAACUGUGGGUUUCACUUUAUUUUGAUGGUCCCUUUAACACAUUCUGUUGACUAUAGGUAAUGUUGCACCUACAUAUCUACUAGCUCUCAUUAGAGUGUUAUUAUAGUAUUAGUAGACUGGUUAGAAUAGGUUGACAUACAAUGUUACUUAUAGUCCGUAGAAUGUUUGGAGAACACUGACAAUAAAGAGUUUGCGGAUUUUAAGCAGACAGUCUACUAAUAUUCUAAUGAGAGUAAGUUGACAGAAAGGUGCAGCAUUACUUACUGUCAACAUAAUGUUCGAAAGGGACUAUCAAAAUGAAGUGCUAACGAAUAUUAUUUCUUUCAUUAUUAGAUGUUGAUGUACUAGUAAAGAUGUCAAAUGUCAAAUAAAAGGGUUUCAGUUCAAAUAAUUGUAAUGAAGUUUCUAUUCUAUCACUGACGAUGAAGCAAUGACUUUGCAGGCAGUGUUUUUGCACGAAGGCACCUCGUGAAACUGAUUUCGGACAGGCUUCUGAGGCAGAGUAACGGUUUAAUGAUCCACAGCAAAAUU